UGUUGCUUCCAUUUGCAGUAACCCAAAAUCUUCUCGUCUUCUUCUUCUUCUUCUUCUUCCACUAUGCUUCCUUAGUGACCUCUAAAAUCAACACACAUUGUAAAAAUUCCCAUAAUUUCAUUGCAAGAUUCAGAAAAAAUGGCUUCUCAAGUAUCCAAAUCUUCAAAGCCCUCAAAACCCACACCACAAUCAUCAUCAGCACCCCCUUCAAGGUCAUCAUCAUCAUCUUCAUCACUUUCAACCCAUUUUGCCAUGAUUGAGCUGAAGCAAAGAAUCCUUACAUCUAUCUCUAAGCUCUCAGACAGAGAUACCCAUCAGAUCGCUGUUGAAGACCUCGAGAAAAUCAUCCAAACUCUCUCAAACGACGGCGUUUCAAUGCUCCUUAACUGCCUUUACGAUGCCAGCAACGACCCAAAACCUGCCGUUAAGAAAGAAACCCUUCGGCUUAUCCCCACCGUAUGUGCUUCGCACGGCGAUUCUGCGGCGACCCAUUUGACGAAAAUUAUCGGCAACAUUGUUAAAAGGCUGAAGGAUUCGGAUUCGGGUGUUAGGGACGCGUGUCGUGAUGCGAUUGGCUCGUUGUCUUUGUUGUACUUGAAGGGAGAAGCUGAAAGUGGGGGGAUUGGGUCUGUAGUUGCUUUGUUUGUGAAGCCAUUGUUUGAGGCAAUGAAUGAGAAUAGCAAAACGGUUCAGAGUGGUGCUGCUUUGUGUAUGGCUAAAGUGGUGGAAUGUGCUUCGGACCCGCCUGUAUUGUCUUUUCAAAAGCUAUGUCCAAGGAUCUGCAAGUACCUUAACAAUCCACAUUUCGUGGCAAAGGCUUCUUUAUUGCCUGUUGUUUCAAGCUUAUCACAGGUAGGGGCUAUAGCACCGCAAAAUUUGGAACCUUUACUGCAGACCAUUCAUGAAUGCCUCAGCAAUACAGAUUGGGCAACUCGUAAGGCUGCAGCUGAUACAUUAAGCACCUUGGCAUUGAAUUCAAGCAACUUGGUAGCAGGGGGAGCUACUUCCACUUUAACUGUGCUUGAAGCUUCUCGGUUUGACAAGAUAAAACCUGUGAGAGAUAGUAUGUUGGAAGCUUUGCAGCACUGGAAGAAAAUUGCAGGGAAAGAAGAUGGAGCCACAGAUGAUCAGAAAACUUCAUGUAUUGAUGGCGAAUCUUCUGAAUCUGCCGGAUCGUCAGAGAAGGACCUCCGAAAUGCUGUGGGCUUAUUAAAGAAGAGAGGUCCUGCUUUGUCAGACAGAAAAUUGAACCCAGAAUUCUUUCAGAAACUUGAAGAAAGGAGUUCAAAUGAUUUGCCUGUGGAAGUGGUUGUCCCUCGUCAAUGUCUUAAUGCAUCUAAUACACCAACUGAAGUAGAGUCUGUGUCAGAGAAAGCAGAAACAGGACGGAGAAUAAUGAGGAAAAGCCAGAUUGAUGCUAGGUAUAGUAACACGGAGAGUCAAACUUCUGGGGUAAGUGGCAGAGAACAUGAUACUGUUGAUGAGGGAGAUUUGAAUCAGAGGGAACAAUCCAGUUACCGUACUGGUUUUGCAAAAAAUGCUGGUCCGCCUGAGGGGUUUAUGGCUCACAAAGGAAACUGGCUUGCUAUUCAAAGACAAUUGUUACUUCUGGAGAGACAGCAGUCUCAUCUGACGAAUAUGUUGCAGGAUUUCAUGGGUGGAUCUCAUGGUAGCAUGGUGGCUCUCGAGAACAGAGUACGUGGUCUCGAAAGAGUCGUUGAAGACAUGGCACGUGAUUUAUCUCUUUCAGCAGGUCGAAGAGGUGGUGCUUUUACGACAAGAUUUGAUGAAUCUCUUAAUAGGCCCCUUGGGAAGUAUAAUAGCUUCCAUGAUUACUCUAGUACCAAGCUAGGUAGAGGUAGUGAAGGGAGCAUACCAUUUGGAGAGAGGUUUGUACCAUCUGAUGGUAAUUCAUCGGGUAUGAGGGGAAGGAGCCCACCACGUAGAUCUGAUAAUCCUGAUGCUUGGGACUUCCAUUCAUAUGGUAAGUAUGGGCAAUCAGGAUCUAGGAGAGGUAUUGGUGGUGGUCCCAUGGAUGCUAGGCCAUCUAAACUAGAAAACGAGAUAGAUCAGGUUGGCACAAGGAGGGGAUGGGCCAAAGGAGCAGGACCUGUUAGGUUUGGCGAGGGACCUUCUGCUAGAAGUAUCUGGCAAGCUUCAAAGGAUGAAGCAACUUUGGAGGCAAUCCGUGUGGCUGGUGAUGACAAUGGAACUGCUCGAGGUACUAGAGUAGCUAUUCCAGAAUUAGAGGCUGAAGCACUAACAGAUGACAAUAAUAUGCAAGAGCGUGAUCCAGUUUGGACUUCCUGGACCAAUGCAAUGGAUGCAUUUUCUGUGGGUGAUAUGGAUUCAGCAUUUUCUGAAGUUUUAUCUACUGGAGAUGAUUUCUUGCUUGUGAAGCUGAUGGAUAGAUCAGGUCCAGUGAUUGAUCAACUGUCCAAUGAGGUGGCAAGUGAGGCUUUGCAUGCUGUUGCCCAGUUUCUUCUGGAGCCAAACCUGACAGACAUCUGUUUAUCUUGGGUCCAACAGUUGCUAGAAAUUGUCAUAGAAAAUGGACCUGAGGUAGUGGACCUUCCUAUGGAAGUGAAAAAAGAGCUGCUGUUAAAUUUGAACGAAAUUUCAUCAUCAGUAGACCUGCCUGAGGACUGGGAAGGUGCAACACCUGAGCAACUGUUGUUGCAGUUGGCAUCUGCUUGGGAUAUUGAUCUGCAAGAGCUGGAGAAGUAGCUGCAUUCUACGAAUUCACCCGUUACAUGAAGUUAGUGUCUCGUGAAUUUUCUCCUGGGCAAGCUCAAUUUACUUGGAAAGCAACUCUUUUCCCAGUUAUUCACCCGUUGCAUGAAGUUAGUGUCAUGAAUUUUCUCUGGGGCCUGCUCAAUUUACUUGGAAGCAUCUCUUUUCCCAGUUUACUAGUUUGGUUCGGAAAUAUUUCUACUUUGAUUGAUAUUUCGAGAUUUAAUGUAAAUUGCAAUGCUUUAUUCUUCGAAUUCGUGUACUUGGGCAGCCUGUUUCACUUGCAAAUCACAAUUUUGCUGUUAUUUGUACUGUUAAUCGCGAGUUGUUCUCGCAGCUCAAUAGUGAAGUGGUCCAUGAAAGUUAUAUAAGACUUAUAUUUUUCAUAUAUA